AUGUCUCCAAGCGCGCUCGAUACUCCCUCCAUUGUCCCUGCCAAUGGCGCCACUGCUGCAAUCCCAGCAUCAAUACCAGACGCAGCUACCGAGGCCUCACCGACAUUUCUAAGCACCCAGCCAGGCCCUGAUCACCACUGGAGAGUAACAUUGAAGGACAAGGUCAUCGCCAUCACCGGUGCCAACAGGGGCAUUGGUCUAGGCAUCGCAGAGGUCUGUCUAGCCAACGAAGCCGCCGCCGUCUUUAGCCUGGAUCUUUUCGAGCCCGGGGACGAGUUUCUCGCCCUUCAGGCCGCGAACCCGAAGCGACUCGGCUACAUACACUGCGAUGUCACCUCAGAGGAGAGCAUUACAUCAGCUAUAGAUGCUGUCAUCUCCAAGCGGGGCGCCAUCCAUGGCCUCGUCGCUAACGCCGGCAUGACGAAACAUCAGCCGGCACUCGAUUUCGACCGCACCCAGCUGGAUAAGCUGUUCAACCUCAAUGUGUUCGGUGCAUACUUCUGUGCUACGACUGUCGCACGAAGGUUCAUUGAACUAGGCAUCAAAGGCUCCAUCGUCUUCACAGCAUCCAUGACCUCGUACCGUCCAAACCGCGCAGCGCCCUCGGCCCCGUACGGAGCCACCAAGGGCGCUGUACGUAAUAUGGCACAUACGCUAGCCAUGGAGUGGGCUAAACACGGCAUCCGAGUUAAUUCUAUCUCGCCCGGCUUUGUUAAGACGGCUAUGACUUACUUUGUAGACCAGGCGCCUGAUUGGGAUCUUAAGAUGCAGUAUUAUGGUGGUAUGCCGAGGCUGGCUGAUCCGAAGGAACUUGGGGGCGCAUAUGUGUACUUACUAUCUGACGGGGCUUCAUAUACGACUGGCAUUGAUAUCCCGGUUGCUGGAAUUGUCGGGGCAUGGUGA